AUGGCCGCCAUGAAGAUUCCCCUCACGCCUAGACCGAUACUAAAUAUAAACAUAAGCGGUGGUAAUAUUUCACCGAAUGGUAAUCGAUCGAAUACAACAUUAGAACAAGUAAGUUUGUUAAGUUUUAUCAUGUUAUUCGCCGGACUCAUCGGUGGGAUUUACUGGUGGAAAAGAAAAUAUUUUUCCAAAUGUCCAGUAAAAGUCAAAGGACAAAGGAAAACGGAAAAUGACGUAAGAAUUAUUUUUUUUUAUAUACCAUUAUUUUCCGGAAACGACAAACAACAAACGAAUCGGUAA